AUGUAUCGCAGUGCGUUUCGCAGCCUACGAUGCUCCACUGUGAAGUAUGCGAGGUGGAGCGCGGCUGGUAACUAUGUUAACCGUCAUGUUGGGCCCACCGCUGCCGACACGGAGGUAAUGCUUCAGAUGAUCGGAAAGAAGACUAUUUCGGAUUUGAUGGCAGACGCGAUUCCUGCUGAACUUAUGCGACCACCUAUGAAAGAAAUUGAACCUCUUAGUGAGAAGGACGCGCUUUCUUCGGUUCUCUCACUUGGGGCACGGAAUAGGGUGUUGAAGAGCAUGAUCGGACAAGGUUACUACGAGUGUAUAACUCCCUCAGUACUUCUUCGCAACGUCAUUGAAAAUCCUGGGUGGUAUACGCCGUACACGCCGUAUCAGGCCGAGAUAUCUCAAGGUCGUUUGGAAUCGUUGUUAAACUUCCAAACGAUGAUAACAGAUCUGACAAAGAUGGAUGUCGCAAACGCAUCCCUCUUGGAUCAGGCAACCGCUUGUGCUGAGGCAAUGUAUUUGGCAUUCCGGCAUCACAACCGUAAGCGGGACACGUUCUUUGUCUCAAAGGAUGUUUUCCCCUCGUGCAUCGAGAUGAUUAAAACACGAGCGGAGCCCCUCAAAAUUAAGGUUGUGGUGGAUGACCCGGCUUUAUUCGAUUGGGGUGAAGUCUCCCCGUGUGGUAUGCUCGUGCAGAACCCUGACGCGAACGGGACGGUCCAUGAUUUUACGGAACUCUUUCAAAAGGCAAAAGACCACGGUGUUCUGUGUUGCUGUGGCGCAGACCUAAUGGCCUCUUUGCUCAUCAAACCACCAGGUGAAAUGGGGGCCGAUGUUGUUGUGGGAACUUCUCAGCGGUUUGGUAUUCCACUUGGUUACGGCGGUCCUCAUGCUGCUUUCUUCGCUGCAAAGGAACAGUUUAAGCGGUUGGUUCCAGGUCGUAUUGUGGGAGUGAGCAAAGAUGUUGCAGGAGACCCCGCUAUACGGAUGGCCCUGCAAACACGUGAGCAGCACAUCAAGCGGGAGAGGGCCACUUCAAACAUUUGUACUGCGCAGGCACUUUUAGCGACGGUAAGCGCCUUUUAUGCCGUUUAUCACGGCCCUGGAGGUCUGACGGACAUAGCCAAUGAAAUUCAUCAGAAGGCGAAGACGUUGGCAGUUGGUAUGGAAUCCGCAGGUCACUCAGUUGUGAACACGACUUUCUUUGACACCCUUACAUUCAACUUAAAAGGCAUAACGCCCGAAGACUACGCAAGCCAGUGCAAUGAGAAGGGCAUAAAUGUUUUUCUCGAUUAUGGUACCGGAACAGUUUCCAUAUCGGUUGACGAAGCGACGACAGAGACUCACAUUAUGUCCCUGUUGGAGGCUGCGGGCUUGAAAUUACCUGUUUUUGCGGCCCUCACGAAAAUCGGAAGGAACAAAACGGCGUUCCCGGAAGCACUCGCUCGAACUUCAUCUUUCUUACAACAUUCCGUUUUUUGCAAGUACAGAAGCGAGGGUGAACUUAUGCGCUACAUACACCGCUUGCAACGAAAAGACUACGGAUUGACACACGGUUGUAUCCCUCUCGGAUCAUGUACCAUGAAGCUUAACCCUGCUUCAGCUAUGUUGCCCUUAUCAUGGGGCACAUUCACCAAUUUGCACCCACUCGCUCCUUCAGACCAAGUGCAAGGGUAUAGUGCGAUGUGCUUUGAUCUGGAGCAGAAGAUACGAGAUGUAACGGGACUGGAUGCGGUUUCGCUUCAACCGAACAGUGGGGCGCAGGGCGAAUACGCCGGCCUUCGCGUCGUCCGCGCUUAUCACCAAUCGAAAGGGGAGGGUCAGCGAAAUGUCUGUUUGAUUCCUGUGAGUGCCCACGGCACAAACCCUGCUUCAGCGGUGCUGGCAGGGAUGAAGGUUGUUACCUUAAAGUGCUUAGAAGAUGGGCGAAUUGAUGUGGAGGACUUGAAGCAGCUAUGUGAAAAGCACUCGAAGGAACUAUCGUGCAUCAUGCUGACUUACCCCAGUACCUACGGACUGUUUGACAGAGACAUUCUGUCCGUCACGUCGUUGGUACAUCAACAUGGAGGACAGUGCUACAUUGACGGAGCCAAUCUUAAUGCGAUGGUCGGGUACACAGGGCCGGGUUUUAUCGGAGGUGAUCUAUGUCAUAUUAAUCUUCACAAAACGUUUUCCAUUCCUCACGGUGGUGGUGGGCCCGGUAUGGGGCCCAUCGCAGUGCGGCAGCAUUUGGCUCCCUUCUUACCUAAUUCCGUUCUCAGACAGAAAGUUGGUGGAUCGCAGUCAUUUGGGCAGGUGUCGCAGGCAGCGUAUGGUUCCGCUUCCAUUCUUACCGUUUCGUAUAUGCUGAUGUUGAUGUUGGGUACGCGGGGGAUGAAGGUGUGCACGGAACACGCCAUUUUGAAUGCUAAUUAUCUCAAAAAACGUCUGGAAAAACACUACCGUAUCAUGUUCCUUGGGGAAGAGGAUUUGUGUGCUCAUGAAUUCAUCAUUGAUCUGCGCCCCUUCAAGAAAUCUGCAGAGGUAGAGGCAGAAGAUGUUUCCAAACGGCUGAUGGACUAUGGCAUCCACUCACCAACUGUGGCGUUCCCCAUACCGGGGACGCUGAUGAUAGAACCUACGGAGUCAGAAUCUAAACAGGAGCUAGAUCGUUUAGCAGAUGCAUUAAUUUCAAUACGCGGUGAAAUAGCAGCCAUAGAACGGGGUGAGCAGGACAAAACUAACAAUGUUCUGAAGAAUGCGCCGCACACGGCCAAAUGUGUUACUGCGGAAAAUUGGGAUAGGCCGUACAGUCGUCGCACCGCGGCAUUCCCAGCGCCGCAUUCCAAUAUUGAAAAGUACUGGCCGACGGUGGGGCGCAUCGAUGGUGCGUACGGUGACCGCCAUCUGAUGUGCAACUGUAUGUCGUUGGACUCAUUCAAAUAG